GUCGAGUCUAUAGCCACCUCCUUCUGUCAAACACCCACUAAAACUGCUGGGAAACACUUUUCGCUGUUCAUUUCUAGGGUCUAUUUGAUUAAAACGUGUAAAGUAGUUCGUUUUGUUUCCAUCAUGCACUCGGACACAGUGGAGAAAUCCGCCUCACCGAGGAAACGAAUCGUCUCGCGCGCGAUGAGCGAAGAAGAGUCUCUUCGACACAUAAUAGAGGCUGAAGAGUCACCCAAGCGCUUAACUCGCAGAGACAGCAGAUAUGGAUCGCUCAGGAGGGGAGACACAAGAGGAAGUCAGAGUGAAGAUGAGCCCGCAGAAACCACGUCCAUGAUGGAGCUACAGCAGAACUACGAGAUGUGUUUAGCAGAGCUCCAGAGCGUCGAGCUGCAGCAGGGGGUAUUGCUUUUCCAGGUAGAUUGUCUCCAGGAUGCCCUGGAAGGAGCUGAGGAGGCGCUCUCCGAGACCAAGAGGGAGGCUCAUCAAAUCAGCAUGGAGCUGGAGCAAGAGAGGGAGAAGAGAAGGAAGUUGGAGGACACUGUUGCAUUGCUGAUGCAGAAGUUGGAGCAGUUAAAGGAGGAGAAAACUUCAGUUCCAGCUGAAAGUAUAACACAAGACCAGAAGGAAGCUGUUGAGAUGACUGAUAAUCCUGCCGUCGAAGUGGAUGGACCCGUGUCUAAAGAGGCACCUAAACCAGUCGACACAGCUUCACAACCGACAGGCUCUACAAACACUUUCGCCAGUUUUGCUUCUACAACAUAUCUGCUUUUCAAGAACAGAAAAAUAGUGACGGGCGUAAUCAAACACGAUGCCGCUGGAGGAACUCCGGUGGACGAAGAAGCGGUCAAAGAAGCACAUGUGGUUGGUUCUGAGCAGGCUACACCGGAGGCAAGCAGCCAAAACGCUCAGGAUGGUGAAGAUUAUGACGAGAGCAGUGGCUAUGAAGAUGCACCAUCAGAUUUCUCACCUGGAUCUUCAACUCCUGAUGGGCCAUUAGAUGCAGUUUUGCAAGAAGAUGGGGAGCGUGAACUGAAGAAUAGCAACGAGGCCAGAAAUGUAAGAGAUCCAGAUGCCUGCGUUCUGUCUUAAAGAGCAGAAACGUGGAAUCCGUCCAAGACUGGUUUUAGUAUGAAUUCCUGCCAUUUUUAAAAAGGCCUAGAGGGCAUUUUUUUUUUUUUUUUUUAAAUAGUUUUCCAUGAUUUCUGAAAUCUUUUAGUGAAACUUUAUUCAUUAAUAUUCAUAUUCACUCUGUAUGUGCCUCUCAUUUUUACUGGCACAUGUUGCUGUAUAAGGCUGGCUGUUUCUAUUUUGAAAUAUUUUUUUUUUUAAAUCAGAACCUGACAUAUCACUGGGAAGUAUACAUCAGAGCUUUUUGGGCUGGAUACCAGAAAUAAAAAGAUGACUAGAACCUCAUUCUCAAGAAUUUGGAUGAGGAGUGACUUAGCUGGAUUUUAUAUUACUGAAGUUAAGAGAAAAGUCAUAACAAAAGCCCCGGACCCCCUCAAACCUAACCUUCAUCGUCAAUGAAUUAUCAUUGAUCGUCGUCAACUAGAUGUGCAAAUAUGAAAUAUCCAUAUCACAAUAAUUACUUCUGCCGUUGUCAUGGUUUUCAAUAUCACCACCAUCUUGUGUGAGAGCAGCAUUCCUGUCCGCUUUUUUAUUGUUCGUGGAACUUUUCAUUUGGUGAACACAAUCAUCAUGUAGAAGAAUCUGAUGCUGCCUUCAGAUUUGUCCAUUAUUUAAGAAUCUUAAAAGACAGCUGUCUUGACACUGCCUUCUUAAUUGGACAUACUUUAUCUCAGGAGUGGAAAGGUACGCUCAGACGUAUAGCGAUUUUAUGGCUGCAGGUUGCCAGUCCCUGUACUAUAAAGUCACCUGUAGGUGUUCCUACUACUGGUUGCCAUAGUAACAUUUAUCAGUAGGUGGCACAACUAGCAUUCUACUUUUGACAAAUCAAUUUUGUAUAUAAAAUUCACGAGUGCGUAUAUCCGUUGUAUCCUAGGAGAUGACGGAGAAGCAGUGCGUGCUCUUUGACAUUUAUCCGCAGUGCAAGCGCCGGACCGUCUGGGUCCGCAAAACAAUUCGGACUCGUAGACAGCAUGGCGGAUCACGCGCGCUCCACUGUCCUCAAUCCUACUGCAGCGAGUUGCUCCAAACUUGCAUAAAACGUUGCAACUUUUUCGCAUUGCUGGACACGCCCACAUCUAGUCACCAGUGGUCGCUUUCGCUCAGGUCAGCGGAAUUCGCAAUCUUUCGUUGAAAGCGAACGGUCUAUUUAGUUUAUCCUGAUCAGGCUCGUGCUGGAUCCAGAACCUGUUCCAGGAACACCGGGCGCGGUGAGGUGAGGUGAGAAUACACCCUAGAUGUAAAUGUGUAUCAAAUUAUCAAAAGUUUUUGCAUUCCUGAGAUUAUUCUGUGCAUGAAAAAAAAAAACAUUCAGCGUCCCAUGUAAUGAGUAACGAGUCGUACGUUUGUUUUGAAAGACUAACGAGCAUCUGUCAGGGGUUUCACGAUCACCAACUGGAGUUGGUGGCUGUAGCUAGAUACUACUGAAAAUUUCUACCUGCAGAUUCCUCCUGAAAGGAGAGCAGGGGUAGUGACUACGGUAGAUUUUGAAUCCACAAUAAUAAUAGUGUUGAUUAUCACAGUAUCACAUAGCUUUCCUGCCUUGAUACCGAGCUUCGUGACUGACUUACUGUACUUAAUGCAAUUCGAUUUGUAUUUUCCUCAGAGUGGAUACAGACACAGAUUUCCAGAAAACUGUUCUCAAUGUAGCCACGCGAGAUCGAUUCCCUGAUAUCUCGUUAGCUUACAUCAGUUUAUCUCUCAGUGGCAGCGCGCGCGCGUGUGUGUGUGUGUGUGUGUGGAAUCGGAAUCAAACAUUAUCUAAAACCAUCAUUAUUUUACAGAUUACAUCGUCUAUUCGUUUCAUAUUUUGUAAAACCGUUAUCUUUGCAAGUCUGACACAAGAAGGGACACCGAUUUCGGUUAGCCUCACGACACGUAGCCUGUUAUUUCCUGCUUAAAUGUCAGCGCUCGUAAAUGAAGAAACAUGCAUGCACAGUUAAAGCUGCACUAAAAGUUACAUAGAUCGUAUAUCCGAUUUCUUUCCUGUGUCAGAAUCGGGAAGAAGUCGUUAACGUAGAUCUACAGUGAAGAGCUGUUUGUAAAUACAAAAGGCCUGGAUCGCUAUAUAACAGUCUUCUAAAAGUAGUCAAAAAACUGCUGUGUGGAAUUUUACGGCCAUGCCGAGGUCCUAAUAUUUCAUACGAAUCGUUCGAUUUUCAUUUAUUCCUUUGGAAGAUUUAUUUAUUUAUUUAGGUUUUAUUGGCGCAUUUUAUAAAACUGCUCAUGGGAUGAACUUUUAUAGUCUUUCAGGACAGUAGGAGGAGCUUACGAACUCUGACGUGGCGUGCGUUUAAAGACGGGGUGCGUGCUAUAAGAGGUCCGACCAGGAUGUUUCUUAGAGCGACUUUUCCGAAAUUAUGCCGAAACUUUAAUGCCCCGAAGGCACUAGAAUCCUGUUCAGACGGAGGUGUACUCGAACCUUCAGUGCUUGGAUUUGAACUCGCAGCCUUAUGGAUGUUAGCACAAAGCCACAACCACCGAGCUCCCACAGCAUGGUCAGAGCCAUAUACAGAAUUCAACCGAGCUCAUAAGCAUAUUCGUCGUUAGCCUUCCAAUAAUCAUCGUUCACUAUUGUUAAACGAGUGAUUAUUGCUGUAUAUUUUAAUAAUAAUUUGUAUUCUGUAUCCUGUCUUUACUUGCAUGUAUCGUUCUAUGCUGGUCGUUAUUAAUCAAGAAGACAGACGUGUUGAUAUAUUGUUCAAUCACAAUAACUUGCUUAUCCUUUUAUCAUGAUUUAUGAUAAAACCACUAUUUGAAAUAAAAAAAAAACUACAAACAGCA